ACCCGCUCAAUCGUGUUGAUAAGAGUUGUGUUGAUUAAAAAAAAUAUAUUUGUCCUAUUCAUAGUGAUUUAUUGGUAACGAUAGAAUAGUCUACAUAAUUAAAGUAAUAUCUUGUAUUUCUUUAAAUUUUAUAAUAAUAAGUAAUUGAUAAUUACGUUUAAAUCAAAAUGGUGUCGAAUGUGGAAAUCAAAGGUUUUGACGAAUUCGCUAAAUAUACAGAUAACAUUGAUCCUAACGGCCCUCCUGUUUUCUUUUAUUUUAGUGGUGAAAAAACUGCAGACGGCAAUAGUUGGUGUCCCGAUUGUGUGGAAGCGGAACCAAUUGUGAGAGCAUAUCUAACCGAGCUCAAGAAGAGUGUCAUUUUUGCAUAUGUUGAUGUCGGAAACAGAGAAUACUGGAAGGACAAAGCGUGCCCCUUUAGAACUGAUAGUCGAACUCGACUCAUGGUGAUACCGACUAUCAUCAAAUGGAAGGGUGUACAGAGGCUCGAAGGUGAACAGUGCAGCAAGAGAGACCUGUUGCAAAUGCUUUUUGAGGAAGAAGACUAA